AUGGAUUCUGAGCAGGAGAUUAAACUCUUUGGGAAGUGGAGUGCCGAUGAUGUGUAUGUCAACGAUCUCAGUUUAACUGAUUUCAUAAAUAUCAAACGGAAAAACAACCCCAUAGUCCCUCAUACAGCCGGCCGCUACCAGAUCAAGAGGUUCAGAAAAGCACAAUGUCCUCUGGUAGAACGUAUGUGCUGUUCUCUUAUGAUGCAUGGGCGUAAUAAUGGCAAGAAAGUGAAGGCAAUGAACAUUCUCAAGCAUACGUUCGAAAUCAUUCAUCUGCUCUCUGGUGAGAAUCCUCUCAACGUCCUUGUCAGUGCAGUGCUGAACAGUGGGGCACGAGAAGAUUCAACACGUAUUGGUCGUGGUGGUACUGUCAGACGUCAGGCUGUGGAUGUUUCACCUCUACGUCGAGUUAACCAGGCAAUUUAUUUGUUGUGUACUGGAGCUAGAGAGGCAGCUUUUAGAAACGUGAAAACUAUUUCUGAAUGUCUAGCUGACGAGCUAUUAAACGCAGCCAAAAAGAAGGAUGAAUUAGAACGCGUUGCAAAGUCUAACCGGUAG